UGGGCGGCCGCGUGGAGAUGGCGUGCGGAGCGGCUGAGCCCCACGGAGAGGUCGGGGACGACGAGCCGUCGUUGCUGCUCUGGUUCCACGAGUCGCGGCCAGCGACGCCGUUGUACAGCGUGGACGGGAGGCAGGCGGGUGGCCUGGCGGGCGCCCAGCACAGCAUGGCGGACGCGUGGGCGGCGCGCGCCUACUUCAGCAGCAUGUCGCGCACCCUACGCCUCGAGCAGCUAUCGCCGGAGGACCAGGGCCGGUACCGGUGCCGCGUGGACUUUCGCCGCGGACGCACCAGGACGUCGACUCUCACGCUCAUCGUCAGAGUGGCACCGCACAACGUGAGCAUCACGGACGAGCUCGGCGUGGACUUGCGGGGAACCGUGGGACCCUUCAACGACGGCGACCCGCUGGACCUCGUCUGCACUGCCCACGUGCGCCCGCUGGGAGUAGCCAUCGCUAGACCGGAAACGGUUCUCGUGGCCGAGCACCCGGCGCAAAUUCGCUGCGACUCGUGGGGCUCCCGUCCGGCCGCCAACCUGAGCUGGUGGAUGGGCAACCGCCGCAUGACGCGCAGUGCGGCCAGCGUGGACGAGUCGAGCGGCCGCACGUGCAGCGUGCUCGCCUUCACGCCCGCAGGUGACGACCACGGCCGGCGGCUCCGCUGUCGUGCCGCCAACGAACGCAUGUCCGGCAGCGCAAUCGAAGAUGCGCUCUUCCUAGAGGUUGAAUUUCCGCCCUCGGUGCGACUUAGGGCUGUUGGCGGUUCGGCCGUGGACGAAGGUAGCGACGCAAGGUUCGAGUGCAGCGUCAGGGCACACCCGGAGCUGCUGGAGCCACCCCGCUGGCUCUGGGAAGGCAGACCGCUUUCUACGGCGAGCUCCGGUUCGCGACACCUCGCCGAGAGCAACGGCUCCCUGCACGUGCUCACGCUUCUUGGCGUCCGCCGAUCACAGAGGGGGCGCUACUCCUGCCUGGCGAGAAACGCCAGAGGAAAGGCCCUCAGCGCGCCAGUCGUUCUCCACGUGCGCUACGCCCCGCGAUGUGCACCCAAUCAGCGGCACGAGUACCAGGCAGCCCUACACCAGACGGUGCUGGUGCGCUGUCGUGUGGAGGCCGAGCCCGCGGCGCCCACCCUCUUCGGGUGGACAUUCGCCGGUGGACCACACGAGCAGCCACUCACGUUGCUCGACCACACCCGCUCAGCAGGGGGACUCGAGAGCCACAUACGCUACGUACCCCGCAGCGAGUUGGACUACGGCACGCUUUCGUGCCUGGCUAGCAACACUGUUGGCCCGGCCGAGGCCCCCUGCUUCUUCUCGGUGCUAGCGCCGGCGCCGAGGUGCCGUGUCGUCCAGCCGGGGCCCCGGCUCGCCUGCGUCACGGCGUCACCGCUCGUCCAAGGUGCCUCCCUUCUCGUUCAGCUAAGGGACCCCCGAGGAAUGCUCCGGGCCUCUCUCAGAUCAGCGCAGCCCGUAAUUCUGCUCAAAGGCCCAGCCUUUAAUCAUCACCUGCUGGCCACUGCAUUCGUGGUGAGUGCUUCAGGACAGCGCAGCGCCGCUUCGACUCCGAUUCACUUGAUUCCAACGGGCCUUCAGGAGCACAGCGCAACGGCACACUCCAACGAAGCUGCCGUGAAAUUCUUUAGUUGUAGAUUGACUAUGCUCAUGGUGGUCUUUUGGUACCUCAAAUUUAAGACUACCAAGAUGCGGCAUUAGAGUGUCUGUGCAUCUCUGAUUGGUGCAAGCAGCACCACGUCCGGAGAAAAUAACCCAACCUUUUCAAUAAGCAGCAGGAAACCAGGCUGUUUGAUAAAACAUUAUAUGCACAAC